CUUCCAUCUUCUACGUGCAACAAAGAAGUUCCAGAAAUAAGCAGGAAUAAAAGUUUGCAAAAAUGAGCGCUGCAAAAGGGGAGGGAAACUUAGUUCCCACAGUGAGAGAAGUGCAGCAAAUGCUUGCCGACAUCCUGGGCCAUGGCGACGAUAUAACCUGGGAUCUAAUAUCGUCGGGUCAAGAAAACAUUUUGAAGGCAAAGUUGUCUCAGCUGCAUUGCGAGUCUAACAUGUUUCGUUCGAUUUGGAGUUAUAGAAAAUACUCCAAAGGACAGUCACUCACGUCCUUAUUUUUUGUGAUGCUUGUGGAUAAUGUCUAUGAUUCCAAGAUGGCCGAAGAAAGUAGAUCCUGGCGCCUAUAUCCGGUGUUUCGAUGCCGUCGAUGCGUGGAUGAAACUGGGCACUCCAGCAACGUUGACUGUUGCAUGUCAUAUGUGUCACAGUACUCAAUAGCUGAUUCCUGGAAACGAUUUGUGACCCAUACGAGCUUUGGCGCAGGUAUAAUGGUCACCCCGAAUCUUGGAGUCUACAAGCAAAUCGAUGGUCGCGUUGAGCUAAAAACGUAUUCUACCACUCAGAUGUGUUACCCAAAUAUGGAAGAUAAGCCAAUAACACCCGAAUCAUUGAAAAAAGCAUCCAGAAUGACUAUUAAACAGAGAAAAAUCAUUAUACAAUCAGAUCCAUUCAUGGUUUUCCCUGAAGCGGUUUACGACUUCUGCGCCGGUGAAAAGAUGCUUUCCUCGAUUUUGAAUCCUCAUGGUUCUCCACAACCUGGUGAUGUGCCUAGACUAUCCGAUUCCUUAGUAUUAUUUACGAAUAAUCUUAACAACUUACGCCUUGGAUCGCUGAUGAACAGUAUCAAUAAUGAUCCUAGCAUCCUUGGUAAUCAGCAACGAUCGGCGUGGGAUAAGAUUGCUGAGGAAUCAAUUAAAAUUGAGGGUAAUGUGAAUCUCAUUCGUAGUUGCAAUGGAGUGCCCCCAAAAGCGGCGCUAGAUAAAAUAUUUCAGCACAUUGACAACAAGAGAAAGAAAUCAAAAAAACGUAUGGAGGCUGAAAACCCAGAAAAUACUCAAAAUGAUCUUUCAGAAAAUGGAUCUAUUAAAAUCAAGGGACAUGAUAUAAACCUGAGAGAAUACGGAACCCAACUCAAGGAACAUAUUGCAAACUCAGAGAGCUUCGACAUUUUGAUAAGUAGCAUGUCAGAGCAUUUGGAAGUAGACACUUUCAAGCUUAUAAUGGAGCUAACGCAAACAUUUGUGGAAACUGUGAGGGAGGAGAUGUGCCAAACACUGAAGUAUUAUUUUCCCACCGAAUCCAUUAUAUAUCAGAUAAUACUGUGCAUAAGUAAGCACCAUCCAAAGUGGGACUUCAAUGAAAUUGAAGAGCAUUCGUCGGAUAUUUUAAGGCGCGUACGAAUGUUUUUUGUCUCUACUGGACCGAAUCCCUACGCUGAAUUUUUAAAGAAAUGUGAAGUGUGUGCUGGAUACUAUGACAUAUGCAAAUUGACUUAAAACAAUAUUUUGUAUUACUUUACCUUAUGUGAAUUCCACUGCCUUACGAUCAUACAAUAAAAUAAUAAUAUAAUAAUAAUAAUAA